CCCCCCCCCCCCCUCCCCUCGCCGCCCCUCCCCCCGCCGUCCCUCCCUUCGCCGCCCCUGCCCCGCGCCCACAAGUACACGAUGGAAGUCGACUCGCCCAGCCCCCCCCGCCAGGACAGCCACCUCCCAUGGAUCGAAAAAUACCGUCCCUCCGGCCUGGAGGAGGUCGUGGCCCAGGAGCACAUCGUCUCCACGCUCAAGCGCUUCAUCAAUCAGAAGCAGCUGCCUCACUUGCUUUUCUAUGGACCCCCAGGCACGGGUAAGACCUCCACUGCUCUGGCCUGCUGCCGGGCUCUCUAUGGCCCGACCUUCGGCAGCAUGGUUCUCGAGCUAAAUGCCUCGGACGAGCGCGGCAUUGCCACCGUGCGCGAUCGCAUUGUCUCCUUCGCGUCCACCUCCUCGGUGAGCUUCCGCUCGGCGACGGCCGACCGCGUCGGCUUCAAGAUGGUCAUCCUCGACGAGGCCGACGCCAUGACCAACAUCGCCCAGGCGGCCCUUCGCCGGAUCAUCGAGAAGUACACCAAGCAUGUGCGCUUUGUGUUGAUUUGCAACUAUGCGGCGCGCCUGAUCCCGGCGCUGCAGUCGCGCUGCACCCGGAUGCGCUUCGGCCCCCUGGGCCUGGAGAAGGUCUCCGACCGGGUGAAGGAGAUCGCCGCUCUGGAGAAUGUCCGCAUGACCCCCUGCGGGUUGCAGGCCCUGCUGCGGCUGACCCAUGGCGACAUGCGCCGCGCCCUGAACAUCCUCCAGGCGGCGCAUGCGUCCGUGUCGGACGAGGCCGACCCCUCGACCAGCGGCGGCACCGACACCGGCGCCGUCAACGCCACGGCCAUCUACCAAACCACCGGGCAUCCGCACCCGGAUGACGUGGAGCUGGCCUUCAAGUGGCUCCUCAAUGAGGACUAUGUCGGGACCAUCAGCCGCUUGGAGGACCUCACCCGGAACAAGGGUAUCGCGCUGCAGGACCUUGUCCGGGAAAUCCACCCGCUGGUUCCGCUCCUGGACAUCCCCAAGGAGGCGCGCAUCUUCCUGCUUGACCAGCUCUCGGAGCUUGAGUACUCACUGGCGCAGGGAUGCAGCGAGCACUUGCAGAUCGGCUUCCUCGUUGGCUUCUUCCAGGAGUGCAGGCUGGUUAUCUCUAGAUUUGUGGCCCCGGCGGCUUCCUCGUAGGUGGCGGCCUCCUGCGCUGUGGCUCCAUGCCUCGCCCCCCCCCCC